AUGGCUCGACUCCGAGCGCUGCUGGCAGAGUUCCCAGAAAUUGACGAGGAGACUCUUCUCUACCGCGGCACCGGACUCUACACUCCACACAAUGGGAGUUUCGACCACAUGAACUGGACGGCUAUGCAAGUGGUGGAGUGGGUAAGCUUCUUUUGCCUGGACUACAAUGUGCUCAGCACCCUCUUGCAUUUGAACUUCGAUGGGGAAUGUCUGGAUGCCUUUCCAUUCCACAACCCUCUAGUCUGGGAGACAAUCGGAAUCCAUCACGACGUGGGAUGCGCGAUUGCGUUGAACUACUUGGUUUUGCGUGACCACGCCAACUAUCUCGAGGCGAACGGACUGUUGGAGCCGAACGCUGUUGAUUAA